UAUUGGAACUCUUAAUGAGAGCAUAUCGGCGCUCAACCAACUUUUAUACUCAGUAGGAGGCAGACCAUUUUGAAAACAUAUCGCCCAGACGUCGCAAUGUAGUGGUUUCUCACGCUAAAACUAAACGCUCUUUCACAGAACAAAUCAGCAAUUGAGAUGUGAUUGUGAUAAGCUUGGCCCGUCUGAUAUGUUGUCAUAUAUAAAUAAGUUGUCCACCACAUCAGACACAGCGGAGAUGAAAUCUGCUCUAAGGGCUACCAAUGACUUCAGGGUCAAGCCAAAAUUGUACAGUAAAAACUAUAACCGACGGGCGAGUUGCCCACCAGAAGCGCUCAGCUCAUUGGGAGAUUCUACACCAGAGGACAGAAGACUGUAUGACACACGAGUGAAGAUAAACAUUAGUGGAAAAAAGUAUGAAACUCUUUAUUCAACAUUGGCGAAAUUUCCGAACACCCUUCUUGGAAAUCCCGCUAAAAGACAGCAAUACUUUGAUCAAACGAGACAAGAAUAUUUUUUUAAUCGGAAUCGCAAUGCUUUUGAUGCAAUCCUGUUUUAUUACCAAUCGAAUGGUCUCCUCACGCGACCGAAUAACAUCAGAUUACAAGAAUUUUGCGACGAGCUGAAAUUUUUUCAAAUCGAGGAAGAAAUUGUCAGUGAAUUCAAACGAGACGAGUGUGGGAUCGAAGAUGAAGAUGAUGAUGAAGAAGUCGUUCUGCCAUCAAAUGUUAUAUUAGCGAAGCUUUGGCUGUGGUUUGAGUAUCCCAAGUGCUCCAAAGUUGCUAAACUUUUUGCGGUUUUCUCCGUUACUUUCAUCGUAAUUUCUAUCUACGUUUUAUGCGCGGAGACACAUUUUAGAGGAUCCACAGACUCAUCUAAAUACAAGGAGGAACCCCCCACAUCAAUGCGCAUUUUGGAAAAAGUUUGCAUUUCUUGGUUCACUUUAGAAUUUAUCCUGCGAUUGAUUUCAUGUCCAAACAAAUUGCGAUUCAUCCUCGACAUCUUGAAUUUGAUAGACCUAGCCGCUAUUCUGCCAUACUACUACUUCGAGCUCUCUUUGAGUGAAUCUAAAAAUGACAAAAAUAUCGACGCCAUAAGACUUUUAAGAGUUCCCAGGUUGUUAAAACUAACCCGACAUCUGGAAGAGCUCAGAGUUCUCGCCAAAACAGUGCGCUCCACUUGGCGAGAACUUGUCAUGAUCUUGUUUUUUAUUCUCAUAACUACCGCUAUUUUUUCUGGGUGGACAUUCUACGUAGAAUAUGAGGAGCAAAAGGAAUCGUUUUCCAGUAUCCCCGCUACAGCUUGGUUUGUGAUAGUUUCAAUAACAAAUGUCGGAUACGGGGAUAUGAUUCCAAAGACUCUAAUGGGGAAGCUGCUCGGUGCUAUCUGCACUAUAGCAGGUGUGUUGGUAAUAGCAUUACCUGGUACUGUAAUCGUCACGAAAUUUCGUCUAUAUUACGAGAAAAAAAAGAGGAAAAAAUUAGCCAGUUACAAAUUUUAGUGUCAUUUGCUUCAAGGUACGAAUCAUUGUGAAUUACACGCAGCGCUCUAGCGUUCAUCAUCAAAGUGCGUGGGUUGUCACUAAUAAAAGGACGCGCAGAAUAAUUAUGAAUAAAGAAAAACGUGUUAAGUAUAACUGGAGCUCGUAAUUAGACAAAGAAAAAAUAUCUCAUGUUUUUUCGAUGGCAUCAGAACUUCGAAAUAUUAUCUUUUCAUAACAAGUUGCAAGUAGACAUCAAUUUUUGGCUUGUAUUACACCGGAACGUUUUACAGAUUAAAAAAUCAACCAACAGCUUUCCUCUUAAUAGAUUACAAAAAAUCCGCUAUCUUAAGACAUAUUUUAUAGCUUGGCUUUUCCAUUUGGUCGAAUCUUUCAGACUAAUUCGCUAUAAAGUUAUACCGAUAAUUUGCUUGAAGUGAAACUGGAUACGUAGCGAAUUGCGCUUUUUUUCUGCCGUAUGAAGCA